GUUGAAUGAAGAGUGUAAAACAUUGCAUACAUUUUAGAUAUUAUAAGUAUAUUUAAUUAAUUGAAUAUUUUUUUUAGAUAUACUACGAUUAUAUUUCAAUUUUAUAUUCUACAAGGACUAUUUAUUUGUAGUCGCACAUUGAUAGAAUACAUUUUCGACGCUUUUAUUUUGCUUUAAAUAAAACAAAGAAAUAACAAAAAAUGCUAUGGUAUUCAGUGUGAGAUAUAAAAGUGCGAUAGUGCUUCCGGUGUUUUUCUGUGAAACAAAUAGUUUUUAUGAGAAGGAAGUGUUUUAAAUUGUUCAAAAUGAACGGUGUCAGCCGAGACGCACCUGUUGGUAUACAAUGCUUACAAAAAUUCAGUUCCUGGAUGUGUCCGCGGUUACAGAUAAAUAGAUUGCGAUGGUAUCAAGCCAGUGUUCUGGUGUUGACGUACUUCACCUAUAUGACGUACCACCUGACGAGGAAGCCGAUAUCCGUGGUGAAGAGCAUUCUCCAUCAGAACUGCAGCGGCUUGACGCCACCCCCGGACAUCAGACCCGGGGACGACCAAUGGUGUAAUUGGGCGCCGUUUAACACACAUGAUGCUAAUACGCUAUUGGGUACACUGGAUUCAGCUUUCUUGUUCUGCUACGCCGGAGCCAUGUUUAUAUCUGGCAUGAUAGCUGAGAGAGUUGAUCUAAGAUACUUCCUGUCUCUCGGCAUGUUAGUGUCCGCUGUAUUCUGCUACUUGUUCGGACUAGGUCGGACCUUGGAUAUACAUGAUAUAUCCUUCUAUCUAAUUGUACAGGCAGGUGCUGGAAUAGCUCAGACAACAGGCUGGCCAGGCACGGUCGCCAUAGUCGGCAAAUGGUUCGGGAACGCAAAAAAAGGUCUUAUAUUCGGUCUUUGGAACUCGCAUACGUCAUUAGGAAAUAUUUUAGGUACAAUAACUGCAGCCAAGUAUGUGGAAUACGACUGGUCUCUGUCAUUCAUCUAUCCGGCCUUAAUAAUGGGGGUAGUUGCGUUUAUUGUUUUCCUGUUCCUGGCUCCUGAGCCGAAGUAUGUCGGCAUCACGACUGAGAGGAUAUCUCCAAGUAGAACGUCCCACAGUUCAGAUGAAGAUGUGUCCGAAGUGAUCGUUGGUGAUCAGGCGGCGAGUCUCCGACACUCACGAUACUCGGCCAACACGCAUCACUCAGACGAGGUGACAGAGGAAACGGGUCUUCUAUCUAACCGGCCGAGGGCUGGUGCUGUGUCCCUGACACGUGCGCUGGCUAUACCCGGAGUGAUAGAGUUUUCACUGUCACUUUUCUUCGCAAAACUAGUCAGCUACACCUUCCUCUACUGGCUGCCGAUGUACAUUAAGAGUUCCACUAAUCUAACUCCAAAGCAGUCUAGUGAGUUGAGCACAGCGUUUGACGUGGGUGGCGUGGUGGGCGCGGCUCUAGCCGGGUUACUGGCGGACUGGGCGGGUUGUCCUGGUGUUGUAUGUGUGGGAUUUUACGCAUUAUGUGUGCCCACACUGCUCGCGUAUCUCCAAUGGGGUGCGACCACGUACAUUCUGAACGUGUGCCUGCUAGUUGUGGCCGGAGUCCUAGUUAAUGGACCAUACGCUCUCAUCACAACGGCCGUCAGCGCGGAACUAGGUACACACAGCAGCUUGGCUGGUGACGCCCAAGCAUUGGCCACUGUCACGGCCAUCAUUGACGGUACUGGUAGUAUCGGCGCUGCUGUUGGUCCACAGAUGGCCGGCUUGGUAUCUGGUGUCAGUUGGUCUUAUGUGUUUUACAUGUUGGUGAUCUGCGACUUCUUGGCACUUGUUCUUCUCUUGAGGAUAUCAAUGUCGGAGAUAGCAAGGAUACGACAAGAGCGCCGCCUGGCGUCGCCUCGUUUAGUUAGAAUUGAAUGAUGUCACUAAGAAAAAGGUUUUAUGUAAAAAAAAUUGCAAGCUGGGUAUUUAAUGAUAAUUGUAACUUAUGGAAUGGAUUUAACUGUUGUAUAAUAAUUUUGUACUUUAAAAGUGCAUGAAUACAAGUUGAAACAUUAAUAAUAUGAUUUUAUAUACAUAUAUACAUAUAUACACAUAUAUAUAUAUAAAAUAUCUUAAAACAGUAUUAAAGAAAAUGUAGUAUUUAUUGCUUUUAAAGAAUAUGUUACAUAAUUCUCAUACAUUACAUCAUACCCAUUUGUACAAAUUUAAAUACAAAUAUAAUUCCCCAGACAGUUUUAUAACAGAAAUAAAUAUGACACACAUAUAUA